UCGCGCCGCGAACUCGCAGUAGACGAAGCGCCCCGGCGCGCUUUGUUGUGGGAGCAGCUUGGAGACGCGACGGCGCUGUGUCUGUGGGCGAUGACGCUUGUGUCGACGCCGUGCGGGGUUUGAACAAGGAGCGCGCCGCGUCGUUGUGCCGUGGUGUUUUUCUGUGCGCGGCUGUUGUUGACGCCGCCGGUGUUACAUCGUCAUGGAUUUGAAACUCGGAUUGACGACGCCGAACAGUGCGUGGUGCUCCGCCGCCUCGCGCCUGUGGCUGCUCCUCCUGGCCGCCGCGCUGUCCGUGCGCUGUGUCCUGGGCCAGGACAGCUUCUACUUCAGCCCCCAGCCGGCCGACGUGCGGGUGCGCCGGGGCGAGAGCGCCACGCUGCGCUGCGGCGUGUCCAACGCCGACCGCGUCGCCUUCCACUGGACGCUGGACGGCGAGCCGCUGCGCAACACGACGCGCCGCUUCCAGCAGGGCUCCGACCUGCGGCUCACGCGCGUCGACCCGAGCCUCGACAUGGGCGAGUUCCGCUGCAUCGCCACCAACGCCUCGUCCGGCUUCUCGCUCGCCUCGCAGGGCGCCCAGCUCAACAUACUCUGGAUCGGCGAGCAGGUGAGUGUGGAGCUGCACAGCCCGUCGUCUCCCGACCAGCUGGCAGUGGGCGGCGAGCUGUCCCUGCGCUGCCGCGCCGAAGGGGUGCCCGAGCCGCAGCUCGAGUGGUUCCACAACGGCGUGCGCCUGUUCCGCAGCGAGCGGGUGUCGUUCCGCGGCCGCCGCUUCCACCUGGCCGCGCUGACGCCCGCCGACAACGGCGUCUACACCUGCGCGGCUUCCUCCGAGGCCGGCAUGGUGCGCAGCCGGCGAGGAUUCGCCCUCACGCUGGCCGGCGAGAACGUGCCCCGGAUCAGCACGCUGCCCAGCGACGUGACCGUGAAGCGGGGCGACGUGGCGCGGCUCGACUGCGUCUACGAGAGGGCCGCGGUCACCGAGUGGUACGCGCUGGACGGGGACGUGCCCCUCGGGAACACCACCAAGACCACGAUCCUGGGCAACUCGUCGCUGCUGGUGCAGAACGUGCAGAGCUCGGACGAGGGCCUCUACCGCUGCGUGGGCGUGGGCCAGGACAAGAACGCCGCGCAGCAGUCCUUCGUGGCGAGGAUAAGCCUCGCAUUCCUCGAGGACUUCAAGCACGAGUCCAUCGAGCCCCCGCUGCCGGAGGACCGCACCGUGGUGGCGGCCAAGGGCGGCCAGCUCGAGCUGCUCUGCGUGGUGCCCGACGGCCAGCCCCGGCCGCGGGCCUGGUGGGAGGACCCGUCGGGCCACACCAUCGGCGACAGCGGCCGCGUCAGGGUCUCCGGAACGCGGCUGCUGAUCGACGCGGCCAAGAAGGGCGACGCAGGCAACUACACCUGCGUCGCGCAGAACAUGGCGCACACCCGGCGGACCGGCGUCACGCUCUUCGUCGCCGUGGCACCGUCGGUGUCGUCGCACCCGCUGGACCUGACGGUGGACGAAGGCGAGGAGACCACGCUGACCUGCGCCUACACGGGCUCGCCGCCGCCCGUCACGCGGGUCACGUGGCAGCACGACGACAGGCCGCUGCGCCCCGCCGGCAAUGGCGGCACGGCGAACACGGAUCCCAUCACGGCGGCCGUGAACGGCAACGGCGGGCCCGGUCACCUGACCACGUAUCCCAACGGGACGCUGCACAUUCGCAACGUGGGCCUGAGCGACUCCGGCGACUACUUCUGCAGCGUCAACACCACUGGGUUCCCCGUCCAGACGGCAAAGGUGGCCACGCUGCAAGUCAGGGAGCGGCUGAAGUUCGUGCCGGCGCCGGUGAGCCGCAACCUGGAGCUGGGCUCCAACGCCAAGGUCUACUGCCGCGCGCGGGGCAGCCCGACGCCCAUCGUGCGCUGGAUCAAGGAGCAGGAGGGCGGCCGCCAGCCGCCGUCGCUCGAGUGGCCGCCGCACAUCCGCGACGAGAACGGCACCCUGCGCUUCCAGGGGGUGCGCGCGCAGGACGCCGGGCGCUACACGUGCGUCGCCACCAGCACGCAGGGACUCAUCAACGCCACCGUGCGCCUCGACGUCAUUAUGAUGCCCCGGUUCACGGUGCAGCCGUCGCCGACGCGAGCCGUGGAGGGCUACAGCGCCAUGCUCCACUGCAAGGCGACGGGCGACCCCGUGCCCACCAUCCAGUGGGACCGCAACAACGUGCUCAACAACUUCGACCCGCAGCGGUACCGCGUCCUCGACAACGGCUCCCUCUACAUCUCGGAGGUGCACCGCGACGACGACGGCAAGUACGGCUGCACGGCCGGAAACAGCGGCGGCCUGCGGCGCGUCGAAGCCAGCCUCGUCGUGCUCGACUCCGAGGGCUACUCGUCGGGCAGCCUGCCGGGCGUCGGCGACCCCGGCGAGAACACGAUGGCCAAGACGGUGACCAUCACGCUGGGCGCGGCGGCCAUCUACAUGAUGCUCGUCAUGGGACUCAUGAUCUGGUGCCGGUUCCGCCGGGCGCGUAGAAAGGCCAUGCUGCUGCUACAGGUCUCCUCCGAAGUGGCCAAGCCCGACGACGACAUCGCACCGACCGAGAUGCGCGACAAGGCGGUCACCGUGACGGCGUCGGCGCGGGACUCGCUCGUGGCGCCGCACAUCGCCGGCUGCGCGGUCGACGGCAAAGACGGCAACGCGGCCGACGCGCUCUCGCACAGCUCGGGCUCCCACUCGCAGCACUCGAGGCGCAGUCGGAACUCGUACGACAAGCUGCACUACCCUCGCCAGGACCUGCACACCAUGAUGCUGCUCGGUCGGGGCGAAUUCGGCGACGUCUUCCUGGCCAAGGCGAGGAACAUCACCGAGGGCGAGGCCGAGACGGUCGUGAUGGUCAAAGCCCUGCACUCCCGCGACGAGUGGGCGCAUGCAGACUUCAAGCGCGAGAUGGACAUGUUCCACAAGUUGAGCCACGAAGGCAUCGCGCGCCUGCUGGGCGUCUCACGGGACGUCGAACCCUUCCUGGUCAUCAUGGAGUACACUGACUGGGGCGAUCUCAAGCAGUUCCUGCUGGCCACUCAGAAGGACAGCCAACGCAAAGGUCCUAAGCCGCCGCCUCUGAACCAGGCGCAGGCCAUCGGCGUCUGCCACCAGGUGGCACUUGCAAUGGAGCACCUGGCCAACCACCGCUUCACGCACCGAGACCUGGCGGCGCGCAACUGCCUCAUCACCUCACGGGUCGACAUCAAGGUCAGCUGUCCGGCGCUGUGCCGUGACUCGUAUGCCGCCGAGUACGCAAUGCAUCAAAACCGCUCAGUACCCAUCCGCUGGACGCCUGGCGAGGCACUGUUCGAGGACGAGUGGUCCACGAAGAGUGACGUCUACUCCUUUGCCGUGCUCGCCUGGGAGGUCUUCACCCAGGGCCUGCUGCCACACGCGGACAAGGACGAUGCGACGGUGUUGAGGCUGCUCAAGAGUUCCGAGCUUCGCUGGACGGCGCCUGCAAGCGCCCCAACGCCAUUCGCCGAGCUCCUGGACCGCUGCUGGCAGCGGUCACCACGCGACAGGCCUUCCUUUUCGGAGGUUGCCGUCAGGAUUGGCGAGAUCUUCGUGGACAGCAACGUCUGAAAGCCGCAUGCCUUGUCCUACCUUGCUUAGCAUUCACAUUCGAUAUUCAGGGUCAUUCAGAACAGUGGGCCUAAUUAGGAAAGGGUGUGGGGAUGGAGGUGCCGGGCUAUUUCAAAGGCCAUGGUAGGAGUCAUUGGCAUCGUAAAUGCGUUGCUGCCACCCAGAGGUAGGCCUUCCUUCCCAGAGGUCACUGUCAGGAUUGGGGACAUUUUUGCAGACAGCACCGUCUGAAGGCCGCAUACAUCAUCCUGUUUUGAAUCAUGUCCAGAUUCAUGGUCAUUCAUAUUGGUAGGUCCACCAUUUCAGGCACAUUGUCAAUGUCAAAGACUGCUGUAUGGAUGUGAGACAUUCUGCACCUCUCUAGGGCUAUCUGUAUGCCCUGUCUGUUUAAUUCAUUCAAGGUAUGAUCGUACAGAAUACCUUUGCUGUGGUCGAGGGGUUCAGGGAAGGGGGGGUAGUUGCCGGCUUGUUUGCAAAGGUACUGUUUGCUUGAGGAGAACAACUUAUCUGAUGCAUUUCUGCAUUAUGAAUGUAGGUGCCACUUUUUCUCUCCGUAAUGAACAUUUAUUAACAAUUAUCUAACGUGUGAGUUCAAGUAUCAUGAGAAAUUUAGACAGGUUUAUUCUCGAAUUCUGCCCAGCAUUCACAAAUACCAGAAAAGCUGGGAUCAGGUUACUACAGUUACCCUGUCUUUCUGCUGCCAUUAAAUAUUGUUUUAGAUACUUCAUUUGAUAAGCAACACAAUUUCAUAAGAUCUUUUAGUAAAAGAGGCACUGCCACCACACACAGCCUAAUUUUAACUGCUGUGCUUACUACAAAAGCAUUCAAUAUAAGGUUCUAGGACCUUGUAGUGAGAACUAGGAUGUCAUCUUUAAAUUGGAAAUAAACACUAAGCAUGUGCCAAAAUUUUAAUUUAAGCUUAAACUUAAAACUUAUUGAUUGUGAAAACGUAGCAGAGCAUUUCAGCGGCUCAAACAUUGCAGUGUUAAGUAAGAUCAGCAUGAAACAAAGCAAGCCCUUUUUGGCAUCCUUUAUUUAUGUUUGUGAAGUUGUAUUGCAAUAUUCUACAGAAGUGCAGAUAUGUUUUGACUCACUUUUACAAGGUAUACAAUGUCAUUUAUUAUAGUGUGUUUUACAUGUAUUUAUAAGGGGACAUCUUGCGUCACACGGAGGCUGAAGAACUGCCAACUACACUUGCCACCAAAAAAUGCGAAUGCCAAUCCAAAAUGUCCCUUGACCAUCGAACUAUCUUGUCACAGUGGCACUUUACACAAUUUUAUAAGCCUUUUACGUCUUUACAUGUUUUGAUACCUAUUAUUUGUCUCAUUGUGGACAGAUUCGUUUUGUGUACAUAUGGAUGUCUAAUAUUCGUCCACCAUUUUCUGUCUUUUGACAAGUUAUCCAUGCGAAGUCCAACGAUCCUGGGCUAGUCAUGUCUAUUCACCACACAUGACAUAAAGAAUAAUGUGGUGCUUUUUAUAAAUGUUGGACAGUGCUUUUUUUACAUGCGUAGAAAAAUACAUACUUCUACACUCAUUGUGCAUGAUGUAUAAUAUAGCUUACAUCAUGAUCACAUGCAUGGCAUAGAGUAAUUAUGAGUACAUAAUAUACACAAGACGUAGUCUUUUCAUAUAAAGUAUGGUGAAUGUAUGGAAAUAACUUCCAAGCCCUUAGCGCUAUGGCCAAGUUACCUAUGUUAAUUUCUGCUAGCUGACAUUAGUCAUUGCCUGCAUAAUAACCAGCAUAUUUGCCACAGAAUUUCAACCUUGGUGCUAAGACACGAACACUGUUCUUUGCUUAUGAGCAUCUUUAUUAAAUAGAGAGCAUAGAAAAAAAAAGGAAGCUUCGUGGUUGACUGUCAACACAGCUAGUUAUGUAAUGAAUCACAACCAGGCGUCGGAUGUUUUGCGCUGCAAUUUCACAAGUGGACUUGCAUUAGCAUAGUCUCGGGUCUAUUAGCGAGGUGGUUCAUGCAAAUAUGCUUUGAAAAACCACGUGGUAAUAUAUUCAUGUUGUAGUGUGAGCAUGGACAUGCUGGAAAGUACAUGCUUUUACAGCCACAGAGAAAGGCAGUGCCAUAAGUAAGGAAGACGAAUGACAAGAAAACUAGGAGUAGCAUUAUCAGAGUCCUGUUCACCCUUGCUUGUGGCAUACAUCUCGGCGAAGCUGUACACACAAAAAGCCUCCGAAUGCAGCAGUGUGUCGCUAGAAACAAGAGCUUGUAAACCACAUAAAAUAGGCUGAAUAUUGCCACAUCCAGUGCAAACAGCUCAGGAUGACUGGUACUGUCAAGCUGGAAUGAAACGCUGAUUCGCAGAAAUGCAAUAAUAUGCCUGUUUUUUUUUAAUUACAUCAAAUCGCAUUACGUGAUCCUUGCAUAACUAGGCGCCUUAUAUGAUGUAGCCCCAAAGCUAAAUAUCUGUGAAUAUUUCACACACGUGCUGACAAUUGUGGAAAUGGAAAAGUAUGCUUUCUACUUUUAUUUUCUUGGGUUUGUGUUUCAUUCCAGAAUAAUGUCGCAUGCCAAAGUUUGGUGUGCAAUAAUGGCAGUCCAACCUUCAAUUACAGCUGCAUGCUAGGAUGAUGAAGUUACGUUUUAAUCAGCAUGCCCAGUCCAAAAAUGUUUGUCCCUUACUGAUUACCGCUCAUGCUUCCUGUAUGUGCAAGCAGCUGGCCUCACUAUCACAGAGUCAUCUCCAUACAAUAGUGUAUGUUUCAUUGAUGAGUACUUGUCGAAGUAUCUAAAGCCAUUGAAUAGCAGGCUGGUUCAUCCAUGUUAACCCUGCUGCUGUAUUUAUUGUCAUGAACUUAGAUUUCAUACGCCUAUAGGAUCAAAUCAUUUGACUUAUGCUAUUCAACCCCAGAGACCUAAAUGUCCUGAAAUGUUUAAAAACAUUUCAAGCUACAUUUUUUUUUUAAUCUGGAGGCAACAUUCUGCUAUAAUUUUUUACCCUGCUUAGUGUGUAAAAUGUAUGUUUGCAUGCAGAGAACAACUUACACCUGUUAACUCUGUCAUUCCGGUAUGGAUGGGUCAUUUUUCUUCAUUAAAAUUUAUUUGGUUUCCCUCGUG